AUGGCACCCGUUGCCCUUUCUCCAGAACAUUCACCCGAGCCUGCGGUUCCGCUUGCGUUCAAGCAAUCUCUCUCCUCCGUGACGACUACCUACGAUGAUACCCUUCGUUUCUAUCUAAAUGGCACGCGAGUUGUCAUUGAUAACAUGGAUCCCGAAAUUACUCUCCUCGACUAUCUUCGCGGUAUAGGACUUACAGGCACAAAGUUAGGAUGCGCUGAGGGGGGCUGUGGAGCUUGUACAGUUGUCGUUUCGCAAUAUAACCCUACCACAAAGAAAAUAUAUCAUGCAAGCGUGAACGCAUGCCUAGCACCACUGGUCAGUGUCGACGGGAAGCACGUUAUUACCAUCGAAGGCAUUGGGAAUACAAAGAGACCGCAUCCCACACAGGAGAGAAUUGCGAAAGGCAAUGGGAGCCAGUGUGGGUUCUGUACGCCAGGUAUAGUUAUGAGCUUAUAUGCACUUCUUCGAAACGAUUCAAAUCCAUCAGAACAUGACGUAGAAGAAGCAUUUGAUGGAAACCUUUGCCGGUGUACAGGAUAUCGCCCAAUUUUGGAUGCUGCUCAGACUUUUAGUUCUGGGGCCGCAUGUGGCAAAUCGAAAACAAAUGGUGGAGGUGGUUGUUGUAUGGAGAAUGGUGGCGGGAGUGGUGGAUGCUGCAAGAAUGAAUUAAAAGAUGAUCAGCCUAUCAAGCGGUUUACCCCUCCUGGGUUCAUCGAGUAUAACCCGGAUACCGAACUUAUAUUUCCUCCACCACUUAGAAGGCAUGAAUUCAAACCUCUGGCUUUUGGAAAUAAGAGGAAAAAGUGGUAUCGUCCAGUGACUAUGGAACAGCUCUUAGAGAUCAAAAGCGUCUAUCCAUCGGCUAAAAUCAUUGGUGGAAGUACAGAAACACAAAUCGAGAUUAAAUUCAAGGCGAUGCAAUAUACAGCUUCAGUGUUUGUUGGUGAUAUUCCUGAAUUGCGGCAGUUUUCAUUCAAAGAUGAUCAUCUGGAGAUUGGUGGUAAUGUCAUACUGACGGAUCUGGAGUCGAUUGUUCAACAAGCAGAGAAGCAUUAUGGACCUGAAAAGGGCCAAGUAUUUAAAGCCAUCCAUAAGCAAUUGAAAUACUUCGCCGGUCGACAAAUUAGAAAUGUCGGGACACCCGCAGGAAAUUUAGCUACUGCUUCUCCUAUUUCUGAUCUCAACCCUGUGUUCGUUGCAUCGAAUGCUAUUCUAGUCGCAAGGUCUUUGGACAAGGAGACGGAAAUCCCCAUGUCUGAAUUCUUCAAAGGCUAUAGAUUGACUGCACUUGCUCCAGAUGCAAUCAUUGCAAGCAUUCGUAUACCCGUGACGCAAAAAGGAGAAUAUUUGAGGGCGUACAAGCAGUCGAAACGAAAGGAUGAUGAUAUUGCAAUCGUUAAUGCAGCUCUUAGAAUUGCCAUUGAUGAUUCGUAUGUUGUGACAAGCACGAGUCUAGUAUAUGGAGGGAUGGCUCCAACCACGAUCGCGGCAAAAAAUGCUGGUGCUUACUUGAAAGGCAAGAAACUUACAGAUCCUGCGACGUUAGAGGGUACCAUGAACGCUCUGGAAGAAGACUUCAAUCUUAGUUUUAGUGUCCCAGGAGGAAUGGCAACUUAUCGCAAAUCCCUUGCAUUCGGCUUCUUCUACCGCUUUUACCACGAAAUAUUGUCAAAACUCGAGGUCAAAGAUCUGGAAGUAGAUGCACAAGUCGUGCCGGAAAUUGAGCGUAUCAUAUCGUUUGGUAAGGAAGAUAGAGAAGCCACUGUUGCCUACCAACAGAACAUUCUCGGAAAGGCGAGUCCACACGUAGCGGCAUUGAAGCAAACAUGUGGCGAAGCACAGUACACCGAUGACAUACCAGUCCAGAAGAAUGAACUAUAUGGAUGUUUGGUUCUAUCAACCAAAGCACAUGCCAAGAUCACGAGUGUCAAUUGCGCCCCCGCAAUGGAUCUACCAGGUGUUGUUGAAUAUGUUGAUCAUACAGAUAUGCCAAGCCCCGAGGCCAACUACUGGGGAGCGCCAAUCUGUGAUGAAUUGUUCUUUGCUGUUGACGAAGUAUUUACAACGGGUCAACCUAUUGGUAUAGUUCUUGCUGAUAGCGCAGCACAUGCAACUGCAGGAGCACGAGCUGUUAAAGUUGAAUAUGAGGACUUGCCGGCAAUUUUUACAAUGGAAGAAGCAAUUGAAAAAGAAAGUUUCUUCGAUCAUUAUCGGUACAUAAAGAAAGGAGAACCAGAGAAGGCAUUCGAAGAGGCCGAUCAUGUCUUCAGUGGCGUUUCUAGAAUGGGUGGCCAAGAGCACUUCUAUUUAGAGACUCAAGCGUGUGUAGCGAUACCUAAAAUCGAGGAUGGGGAAAUGGAGAUUUGGUCCGGAACCCAAAAUCCAACAGAAACGCAAACUUAUGUAGCACAAGUCUGUGACGUUGCAGCAAAUAAAGUUGUGAGUAAAGUCAAGAGAAUCGGUGGCGGGUUUGGUGGAAAAGAGACUCGUUCCAUUCAACUAUGCGGCAUCGUAUCUCUUGCGGCCAAAAAGAUUGGUAGGCCAGUUCGUUGUAUGCUCAAUCGUGAUGAAGAUAUGAUUACGUCUGGUCAAAGACAUCCUUUCCUGUCUCGAUGGAAAGUUGCUAUCAACAAAGAUGGCAAGAUUCAGGCCCUUGAUUUGGAUAUGUUCUGCAAUGGAGGUUGGACGCAAGAUCUUUCUGGUGCUGUUCUCGAUCGAUCAUUGUCACAUUCCGAUAAUUGUUAUAUGAUCCCUAAUAUCCACGUACGAGGUCGUGUUUGCAAGACGAAUACGAUGUCAAAUACCGCAUUCCGAGGAUUUGGUGGACCACAAGGUCUAUUUAUGGCCGAAUCAUAUAUCGAGGAAGUUGCGGACCGUCUCGAUAUGCCAGCAGAAAAACUCAGAGAAAUCAACUUCUAUAAGGCAAACGAGCAAACACAUUUCAAUCAAGCUCUAAAAGACUGGUAUGUGCCACUGAUGUAUAAGCAAGUUCAAGAAGAAUCGAAUUAUGCCGCAAGGCGAGAAGCAAUCACAAAAUUCAACGCAGAGCAUAAGUGGAAAAAGAGAGGACUUGCAAUCAUACCUACAAAGUUCGGUAUCUCUUUUACAGCACUUUUCCUCAAUCAAGCUGGAGCAUUGGUUCAUAUCUAUCACGAUGGAUCCGUUCUUGUAGCCCAUGGUGGCACUGAAAUGGGUCAAGGUCUUCAUACGAAAAUGAUGAUGGUAGCAGCCGAAGCACUAGGCGUCCCCUUGUCCGAUGUAUUCAUCUCAGAAACUGCCACCAAUACAGUAGCCAAUACGUCUUCCACCGCUGCGUCCGCUUCCUCUGAUUUGAACGGAUAUGCCAUUUUUAACGCCUGCGCUCAAAUCAACGAACGACUUGCUCCAUACCGAGAGAAAUUUGGUCCGGAUGCCACUAUGAAACAGCUAGCCCAUGCAGCUUACUUCGACCGUGUCAACCUCUCCGCGAACGGAUUUUACAAAACUCCAGACAUUGGUUAUACUUGGGGUCCCAACACCGGCCAGAUGUUCUUCUACUUCACACAAGGUGUUACAGCCUCAGAGGUCGAGAUUGAUACCCUAACUGGUGAUUGGACAUGUCUACGCUCUGAUAUCAAGAUGGAUGUUGGUCGUUCUAUCAAUCCGUCCAUCGAUUAUGGACAAAUUGAAGGUGCUUUCGUACAAGGUAUGGGAUUAUUUACCACGGAAGAAUCACUCUGGUUCCGCGCCGGACCCUUGGCAGGGCAACUUGCCACUCGUGGACCCGGUGCAUAUAAGAUCCCGGGAUUUAGAGACAUCCCUCAGGAGUUCAACGUCUCUCUGCUCAAGGGUGUGGAAUGGGAAGAAUUGAAAACCAUUCAGAGGAGUAGGGGUGUCGGAGAACCGCCUUUGUUUAUGGGUAGUGCGGUGUUCUUUGCUAUUAGAGAUGCGUUGAAGGCUGCUAGAAAGGAGUAUGGUGUCACGGCGGAAAUUGGGGAGGAUGUUAAAGGCGGGGGUUUGUUGAGAUUGGAAAGUCCGGCAACACCGGAGAGGAUCAGAAUUAGCUGUGCAGAUCCAAUUUUGAAGAGGGCGGAGGUUAUACCAAGGGAGGGUGAGAAGAGUUUCUUUAUCAGUAUUUAG